GUAUCAGACACUCCUGGGCUACCGGCCUCCGUUUGUUCAUUUUCAAAUUUGCCACCUUUGGCUCCAAGCGUGUCAAAUCCUAUGAAGGCCUUCCUCAUCCUCUCGACGAUGGCGGCGGCGGCGUCGGCCAAGGUCGCCAGCUCCGUGCUCCGCGCCCUUGAAAUCGACGGCAACGCCGAUGUUUUUGUCCGGUUCGCGGACGCCUCGUCGGCGCUUGAAGCCGCGACGCUCGAGUCCAACAAGCCGCUCGAGCGCCAAGAAGUCUUUGAAAUUCUCUCGGACGCCACGGCGACGGGCCAAAAGAGCAUCGAAGCGGCCACCGCCGGGUUCGAAGUGACGCCGACGUGGAUCGUCUCGGGCGCGUUCAUCAAGGCCGCCGACAAGGCGCUCAUCGAGAAGCUGACGCGCAACCAAGUCAUCAAGUCGGUCGAGCAAGUUCCCGACAUGCAGCUCGACCCGGUGCUCUCCAAGCCCACGACCGAGGCUGUCGCUGCCGCCGCUGCGUCGCCCAACCAGUGGGGUAUCGACGCGAUCGGCGCCUCGGAUGUCUGGAAGUACGCCAACGGCUCGGGUAUUGGCGCGGACGUCAUCAACAACUCGUGGGGCGGCAAGACCUUCCACCCAGUGUAUGAAGAAGCCAUUGCGUCGAUCCGCAAGGCCGGCAUCACGCCCAUCUUUGCCAACGGCAACGAAGGCCCGGCUUGCGGGACGACGGGUAGCCCCGGGACGUACCCGAAUGUUAUCUCGGUCGGCGCCAUUGGCUCGUACACGAACGAGCCCAACAAGCUCGCGUUCUUCUCGUCCAAGGGCCCUGGCAAGUACAUUGACGCGCACAACGUGCCGCAGACGAUCGUCAAGCCGACAGUCUCGGCCCCCGGCUUCUUUACGCUCUCAGCCUACAACAACAGCGACACGGGACUCGCGUACCUUGCGGGUACGUCGAUGGCGGCGCCGCACGUUGCGGGUGUCGUCGCGCUCCUCAAGUCGAUCAAGCGUGACCUGACGUACGACGAGAUUUACGCCUAUUUGACGCAGACCGCCGACCGAACGCUCGAGGGCGAGCCCAAGGAGUGGCUCGUGCCCAACAAGACGUCCAACGGCACGGAUGUGUACCCCGGUGCCUUCAACUGCGGCGGCGUCGACGACACCACGUGGCCCAACAACCGGUACGGCUACGGCCGCGUCAAUGUCGCCAAGAUCCUUGCCGGGGGCAAGUUUGCAUCGGUUGCGACACCGACGCCGGUGCCCCGAACGACGCCGCCGGCGCCACUCGAAACGAACUUUUGCACGUACAAGAAGACGGCCCUCUCCGAGUGGAACCACGGCCUGUACAUCGACACGAUCAAGAACAACAAGAACGAAGGCUUCACGAUUGACCGCGUCGGCAACCUCAUUGCAGCGUACGCGCCGCCCAAGGAAGACUCGUUUUGCCUGGCGCUCACCAAGGACACAACCAACACCAACACGGCGACGCUCACCAAGUGCAAGGGUGACGAGACGCAGAUUUGGAAGUUUGACGCUGCCGCCAAGCGCAUCGUUCACCCCGCGUCGGGCUUUUGCUUGACUUUCAACGCCGCCAAGCUCGGUGCCGGCCCCAGCGUCGCCCCGUGCUCGCCCAGCGCUGUGAGCCAGUACUUCGACGCGUGCGACAACGUCAAGGCGAAGAGCUACGUCAAGCUCAUCACCAAGAGCAACAAGGUCAUCUCGGAAUUCUAUUCGGGCGUUUACGCCGACUGGGUCUCGGACUCGGCCAACGAGCUCUUUACGUACGACUCCAACGCCAAGACGCUCCAGGCGGCCAGCAACGGCCAGUGCCUCGAUGCCUUCCGUGACGGCGACAAGUUUGGUCUUCACACGUACGCCUGCGACGCUACCAACGACAACCAAAAGUGGAUCAUCGAUGCGGCCAACCACAAGAUCAAGCACGCGACGCACAACAACUUGUGCUUGGACGUCGACCCGACUAACCCGAGUCACGUGGCGCAGGUGUGGGAGUGCCACAACGCCAACACCAACCAAUGGAUCGACGCUGUAGCGUACUAAAUCUGUGAAGUGCAUUUUGAACACAGCAUUCAUGAAGUAAAUCAUCGAGACGAAAGCUAUUGUAGUGUUUUCUUGGAUAAGAAAUUUGGUCGAG